UUGAAGUCGCACUGAUUUUGUCUGGCGAGUUUGACGUUUUUCAUUGUGUGUUGUGUUUGCUCUUGUGCAAAGAACUGUUCAUUUUGACAAUUAGAAAUGGUGACAUUAAAUAUGUAGAUUCAUGUGGAAUGUCAAAAUGUAGGCCAAGAAAUGUGUUUUUGUGCAGGAGUGCACAAUAAAAAGAAAACACAAGAAGUCGAAGAAAUUACUUUGUUCUAUAUGCCAUCUGACAGUGAAUGACUUCCUUCUUCCUCUUUAUAUCGAUCCCACUCUCAGAUUACAAUAGAAUUUUCGCAUCUCACUUGUACGAUUGCUGCACUUUGUCUCUCAUGAUUCUCGCGCGCGUUUGAUCUGUUCUACCUAAUAAAUACAUUAACACUCAAUUAUGGAGAUUGUCGGCGAUUACGAAUACAAUCCCAAGGACCUGAUAGGUCAUGGGGCCUUCGCUGUUGUCUACAAAGGCAGACAUAGCAAGAAACCUAAUUUCGUUGUCGCUAUCAAAAGUAUCACCAAGAAAAGUCUGGCCAAGUCUCAAAAUCUUCUUGGAAAAGAGAUCAAAAUAUUGAAGGAGUUGACGGAGUUACAUCAUGAAAAUGUUGUUGCUUUAUUAGACUGUAAGGAAUCUCAUCACAAUGUCUUCCUAGUUAUGGAGUUUUGCAAUGGCGGAGACCUGGCUGAUUAUCUAGGCUCUAAAGGGACUUUAUCAGAGGAUACCAUUAGAGUAUUUCUCAAGCAAUUAACUGGUGCAAUGAAAGCUUUACAUGCUAAAGGUGUAGUUCACAGAGAUCUUAAACCGCAAAAUAUUCUUCUUAGUCAUAAUUGUGGAAAAGCUUGUCCUCAACCUCAUCAAAUAACACUAAAAAUAGCGGACUUUGGAUUCGCGAGAUUCUUACAAGAUGGAGUGAUGGCUGCGACUCUUUGUGGUUCUCCGAUGUACAUGGCACCGGAAGUCAUUAUGUCUUUACAAUAUGAUGCAAAGGCAGACCUGUGGUCACUUGGAACAAUCGUUUUUCAAUGUCUGACGGGUAAAGCUCCUUUUCAGGCCCACACACCUCAGGCGCUAAAACUUUAUUACGAGAAGAAUGCCAAUUUAGGUCCAAAAAUUCCAGCUGGAACAUCUCCCGAGUUAUCUAAUCUACUGCUGGGUCUCUUGAGACGAAAUGCAAGGGAUCGCAUGUCUUUCGAUGAGUUUUUCAAUCACUCGUUCUUACAAGGACCUCGAGAAAAUCAAAGCCCAAUUCCAGUUGAACUACCAGCAUCACCUGGAAUUUUGACAGUUCCAGAAAGAGUUGUCUUAAGAUCAGGACCUGAGACAAAUAGCCCAUGCUCCAGUCCUGAAGAUGACUUUGUCCUUGUGCCGAGCGACCUGAGUAGUGACGCUGACAACAAUCCCAAUCCACAACUAAUCAAAUAUACCAAGCAAAGCAGUCGCGAAGCAGUCAGUCCUCCUCGACCUUGUUUCCUGCCAAUUUCAGAGCCUAUUCCAGUACCUACACAGAGAAGUGCUGCUCAGCCAUCAUCUCCAUCAGCUUCUGGCAGAUCAAGCAACAAUGUUAUUCCUCGAUCUCAGCCAAUCAGCAUGAAAUGCAGCGUCGAUUCCCACAGAACUCACGCUCCUGACAUUGGCUCUCUAAGUCCACCCAGUGUACAGUUUGUCAUUGGCACUCCUCCAGGAAGAAGGUUGAGUGAAACACCUCCACCUCCCAACACUUGGCAAGUGAGUCCAGUUGCGAGGCAUUCUCUCAACUCUACUGGAACUUCACCGUUAAGAAGAUCUUCUGGAAAUAACAGCGCCUCGUCACCUCUUCUUACUGGACCUUUAGCAGUGCUGGGUUCUCCUACUGCGAAAGCUCUACAAGACAACAACAACACUCUACGACAUUCACCUGUCAUACCCUUUGGAACUAGGGCAGUCACAUUGCCUGAAAUUUCAGAGGCAGGCAAUUUUCAGAGUUUCUUUCCUGAACUUAAUCAAGGAACGACAGACGAUAGGCUGCUAACAUUUUUUGCUCCUGAAUUACCAGAGGAAACUCUUCUUGAAAGGGAUCACAAUGAAAUUCUAGCGAAGCUCAAUUUUGUCGUUGCACUAUGUGAAUGUGUCUGCGAAGUUGCGCGAACUAGAGCUGGUCCCUUGGGAGCACCUUUGGGUGCUAUUGAACAAGCGAGCAAUGCUGCUACUCGAAGAAGGGCCGAACAAGUUAUUCUCUUGGUUAGAGCACUUCAGUGGCUCAGCUCUGGAUUAAGUCUCGCGACACAACAGCUCAAAGCAGGCAGAUUACAGCCAACGGCCAACGUUAAAGAAGUUGUCAGUACAAUGAAUGAAAAGUUUAGAUCAUGUUUGGCUGAGUGUAAACAAUUGAACAGCGCCGGUAUUUUACGUCAAACUGGGGCAACUGCAGACAAAAUACUAUAUAAUCAUGCUAUUCAAAUGUGCCAAUCGGCAGCGUUGGACGAAUUAUUCGGAAAUCCUGCCGAAUGUUUUCAAAGAUAUCAUACCGCGCAAAUAUUAUUACAUUCUCUGUCACAACACGUCAGUCAUGUCCAAGACCGAGCUCUUCUCAUCAAAUAUAAAGAUGCUGUCGAAAAACGAUUAUACGUUUUACAGCAGCAAGGUUUCAUUUACGCAACCGACCCAACGUAGCACAAGUGCAAAUCCACAAUAUGAUGCAGUGUUCUUUCCAGACCCUAUAGAAAUCUUUUACCUUAUAAGAAAUUACUUAUAAGUGAAGAAGAAUUUUUAAAGAAUUGAUUAUUAUUUGUUAAAUUAUUUGAUUUGACUAUAAUGAGUCAGGUAAUGUCCUGAAUUAUUUGAUUUUCAAAAGUAUACUAAAUGCGCUACUUUAAUUAACAUUAAUUGAAGGCAUCAAUGUUAUGUACAAUGGAAAAUACUGAAAUUUUGCAUAUUUUUAACUAAAAUUUAUCAGAAUUUUACAGUUUAUAAGUUUCAUUUGUUCCAUACAUUUAGAGUAGAAAGUAUUUGUAAAUCAAUUAUCAUGAAUAAUUAUUAUUUAUUCACGUUGGCUUGUAUGAUUUAACAAUUAAUUAUUGUUACCUAACUGUAAUUACCUGUAUACUGUAAUGUACUCGUGAUGUAACGAGACUGACCUUUAUUUUAUUUCCUAUUAAUGAUGAUAAAAAACACCCGGUUAACAAGGCUGGAAUAUUAUGUGAUUAAAAAAAAUUAAUUACAUCUAAUCCGGAAAAUUUUUUUUUCUUUAUGAUUCUGCGUAUAGAAUAAAAAAUAAGUACUAUAGAAAAUAAGUUAAAUUCUGUAAAAAUAUACAUAUUCCUUUUAAUUCCCUUUUGCGAAGAAUGAAAAGAAUCGAUUUUCUCGCUACAAUCACGUAAAUGUAGAAGUAAAUUCACAACCUGAAUUUUUUAAAAAUCAAACUGAAAACUAAUAAAAUGAAAUUGAAGAAAAUCUAAGAUUAGAGGAAAAUCGGAUAGCCUUAGACUUUAUUUUUUUAGGUACAUUGGAUGUCAUGUUACUUUUAAGAGCAGAAUAUAAAGUUUCGUGGCGUUUUCAGAAAAUAAGAACUGCACAAAACAUGUAUAGUUUAGUUUCCAAAAAAGUCUCCAAAAUACGUUCUUUCUGCUCUGCUCUUAAAAUUUACAACUUUCCGAAAGUACAUUCUUAUUAUUUAUUGAAUAUUACAGAUCUAGCCUGUAGUAAAACGUUUAGAAUAGACAGAGUUUUUUUAAGAAGAUUAUUUUUGGUUUUUAAUUUAAUUUCUGUGGCUACCCGGCUUUUCUCUAUUCUCUAUAACAGAAUUAGCAACUAACACUAUUUCGCUUAUGACAUUGAAAGAAAUUUUACAAAUAUUACAUCAAUUCCACAUUAAAAAUAAAAAAUUGUAAACGUCAACGAUUUUAUAAGGAGCUGCUUGUAAUUAAAAAACGUCCGAAAUGUAUUCCCUUUAGCGGAUUUAAAAAUCUCCUAUUUGAAGUUUAACAUAAGGAAACAUUUUGAAAAGGAAAAUUAUUCGAAAUACUGAAAGAACAGUAAUAAAUUUAUUUGUUUUCCAUGUUCUUUACAAUUUUUAAUUUUGGAAAUUGAGUAAAUUUUCCGAAUUGAAUUAAAUACAAAAAUUGUUAAUUUUGAAGAAUAUUCAAUAGUUUGAUUUUAUUAAAUUCAAGUCUUCUUACUGGAUACGUAUACUAACGGGAGAUUUACCUUAAGCAGAAACUCAUUGUUUAUUAAAGGCGUGCAAUGUAAAAUCUCCAGACAAUGUGUUAACAAAAAUGUAGAAUAUAAAACAACAUUUACGCAACAAUAAACAAUAAUUAUAAAAAACUAA